GGUAGGGAAGUGGUUGCUUACUUUUGUCCUAAAUUGCCCAAACUGUUUUCAGCUGGACAUGUCCUGGUAAUAUGUAGAGUAUAUGCAGCAUCUGCACCUCGAGAUUGUGUAGGAAUAAAUCGUUUUCGACAGGGAUUUUUAACCCUUCAGUUGCCCUAAGGAUCAGCUGGCUUUGUAACGGCUUCCACCAUGCAUGUAUUUUACUGAUGGUGUGAGAAGUAAACAACAUGAGAGACUUCCAGGCCCAGCUGACAGAUUACCACAAGGGACAAGAGCACGAAACGGGGAGCACAGGACAGAAGAAUCUGCCGUUUUUAUGAAACUCCAUAAAUAACGAGGCCGAAACCGAGCAUAGCACCCCGUCCGACCGCAGCGGCCUGGAUUUAUUCUCCACAACCGACGUGCCGAACUUCCUCAUCCCCAUUUGAUGUCAGAAGUGGAGGCGUGAAGUGAAGACAGACAGAGAAGCGGGAAUGCCAGGAAAUGAGCAGGCGGCCACGGGCAGCGGAGAAGGCGGGAUAGGGCGGCAGCAGGAGAGGCGGCAGCAGCCGAGAGAGCAGAGAGCAGAGGGAGGCGGGGCUCCAAGCGAUGGCCACGCCUCCCCGCCAACCCCCAUCCGCUGCACCAGCCCUCAGGUUACAUUUCCAUUCAGCCUGGGAGCUCUUAGCCCCCUUGUCAGGACAUCCCAGCUUCAAGCUCUACUCCUGCAGCAGUGUGCAGGUGAUGAGUUUAGCAACCAGCUCCUGCAGCUGAUGACCGUACGGCUUGAGGAAAGCCAGCAUAGACCCACUGUUCUGCGCAGAGGGAUUCCACAUGCCAGCCAGCCCAGUGACUCCAGCUCCAUAUGCAAUCCCAAUGACAGCCUGAUAGCUUCUGUUCAGCAGGCGGAACAACACUCCCGGGCCAGGAGCCACUCCCCCAAGCCCAAAACUCCUCCCUCUGGCCCUGUGGAGCCCAGGAAGAGCGUCAUCGCUCAGUUCAGAGCUUUGUUUGUGAACGGAGUCUGCCGGUGGCCAGGGUGCGAAGAGGUGUUUGAAGAAUAUCCCCAUUUUCUGAAGCACCUGCACAGCGAGCACAGCCCAGGGGAACGCAGCCUAGCACAGUGCCGUGUGCAGCAGGACAUGGUGCGGCACAUGGAGAACCAGCUCACUUUGGAGAAACAGAAACUUCUGGCCAUGCAGCUUCACCUGUCUGCACCUGCAAUACCCAUCUUGUCUUCACCUGAAGAGGAUCCAGAAGGGCCACACAGCUUGUUGAUGGACUCGCCCCAAUCUCAGGUGGCAGAUGGCGCCCCCUACUGUUCCAGUAAUGAAGCAGCAGAAGUGGUGAAACAAGGCUAUGGCCACCUCAUGCCAGAAAUCAUUCCCAGCAUUGAAUGCUAUAAAUACAACAACAUCAGACCACCGUUUACCUACGCCUCUCUAAUCCGAUGGGCCAUUCUGGAGUCUCCUGAGAAGCAGAUGAGCCUGAAUCAGAUCUAUCACUGGUUCACCAGGAUGUUCUUCUACUUCCGCCACAACACCUCCACCUGGAAGAAUGCUGUCCGUCACAAUCUCAGCCUCCAUAGGUGUUUUGUGCGUGUGGAGAAGGGAAAGGGGGCUGUGUGGACCGUGGAUGAAGCAGAGUUCCAGAAACGCAAAGGACAGAAGUUUACCCGGGACCAUGGCGUGGGAUACCUCACUCCCUACACCUUCUGCCCCCCUCAGUCCUGGACCGGCGGCCUGCCAGAGGCCCACUGAGCGGAUUGCCUCACACCCUCGCGCUCCCACCACUGCGCCCAUCUCACAUCGUGGGACACCGUCAUGCACCGAGUCCUUUAACACUUUCCAUCGUCACGUCCUUGUCAUACCUUCUUAUCAAAUAAAAGAAAGGCGUGAAGCUCUGA